AAUAUUGUUGAUAAACGUUGAUUAUUGGAGCAAAUGGCAUCCUUGCUGGCUUCAGUCUCUAGGAUAAUAAUCAAAGGGCAUGCGCGGCGCCGAUACAUAGACGGAUAGAUAAAAGGAGGGGAAUAUUGUGAAAUGAAGAAGCUCAAUGAAGUUGGUGCCAUCGCUAGCAUAAGUUGGGUGGACAUUUUCACUGGUAGGUGUUUUUAAUUUCGAAGGAGAGCGUUUUUAAGUCAUUAGGGAUAUUACGGAUUAUUACCGUUGGUUGAUGUAACAAAAAACAGUCUUUAUGUUGCGUUUGUAGGACCUUUUUUAUUAAUUAUCGCCAAAUGUGGCCAUUCCUCUAUAUAAUACAAGAGUAAAAAACGCGAUUGCCACAGAAUAUGGUGAUGCUGGAGAAAUUAUUUUGAAGCAUUAGUGUGUCACUGUGAAAUGAUCUGUAAAAUGCAAUUCUUCCGACAGAUAUCCCAUACUGUUUAUAAGUUUGCGAAAUGUAGUGCAGGGGAUGUAUGAUGCCGUGUUCAGAUAUACGAUUUUUUUUUAUAAAUUAUUUGGCCGAUUGUUUCUUCCCGGUUAUACCGGCUUGAAAGUUUGCCAUCAUAUAUAACUGUGCAUAACAUACCCAAUUAAAAAUACAUAAUGGUGUGGUGCCUCCUCAGGAAAGUUCUGUACUGAGAAUCUGUUUUUGAAUUGAAAAAUGUUGCUUCCGCAUCAAGGUUUUUAGUUGAAUGAUUAAAGAUAAAGCCUUUUCGUAGAGUUUUUGCAGUCGUACACAUUUGUGAGUACAUACAAUAGACAGUGUACUAUCACUGGCAUUGCGGGCCCAUGAUAUAUGAGGAUGUGAGAGUGUCCGGAGAAUGUCUUCUUAGGAUAAAGAACAUAGAUUAACACGGAAAAGUGCAGAAAACGUUUUCAUCGAAAUAGCAGAUAUCUAUGGAAGCACAUCCCACUAUUGAAUUAUUCUUAUUCGUUUGAAAUUGACAAACAUCCUAUCGAGAACUCUGAAAUCGGAAUAAAUAGCGCAUCGGAAUAAACCAGAAAUACAGUGAAAGAGGAAACAUCGUGAGCCCAACCUGACAGUCCGAGGAAAAUGCUUAUCCGGUGGAAAAGUAAAGACAAAAGUGCAUCAUCAACAUCAUCAUCAUCAAGCACGUCCAAGAAGAAAAGGAAAGGACGGGAGCUUGAGGAUGACUGGCAAAAUGAUAAAAGUAACAGAAACCAACCCAACGAUCAAGGAGGAGAUGAUAGGCGACGAUCGGCACGAGGUCGCGAGGAUCCCCGCCGACACACUCUUGGAGGAGAUAUGCUGCAAUAUCAAGCUCAAACGCAGGCGCCGAACAUACAAAGAUCGCUUGACUUUGAGAAUCCACAAAUGCGUGUUUACACCCCAACAAAUCAGGGCCCUCUAUUUGACGAUGAUCCCGGUAUUAUGUCCGAGGCUGAAACGGCUAGUACAGGCUUUCGUCGAGGAGGAAAGCAACGAUCAUCAUUGCCGGUUGUUAGAACGCCUUCCAAAACGCUAGAACGACCCUUGGGACUUGUAUUCCUGCAAUACCGGUCGGAGACGAAGCGAGCCCUGCUGCCUAACGAGAUUACUUCCAUCGAUACAGUACGCGCACUGUUUGUACGUUCCUUUCCUCGUCAGUUGACCAUGCAGUAUCUUGAAGGACCCAAUGUGAAGAUCUACAUACAUGAUUCAAGCAAAGACAUGUUCUAUGAGUUGGAGGAUGUUAGAUCACACCUCCGUGAAAUUCGUGAUAGGUCGGUGUUGCGGCUGUUUGAAUCAAACGAAGUUAGUGCCCCACAAGUACUGCCAGGUGGACAAAAUAUUCCACAGCCACUUCAACCGGCCCCUAUCUCCAGCCAAUGGGAUCAGGAACAGAAUUACUUCAGUGAACCGGAAUUCGACUCAGAAUUUCAGCAUCAGCACAUUCAUAAAAGCAAGCAGCCUACGAAAACCCCAUACUAUGUAGGUACUACCCAAACUUUACCCAGAGGAAUGUAUUCAGACAGAAGCAAAGGAACUAUGGGGGUUUCUUCAAAACCAAUUCGUUCUUAUGGGUCACGCAACAACAUAGCUGCUCCAAUUCCAUACACUACUGAGCAGUUGUACAACAUUCCAGAUGGUUACAUGAGCUCCCCAGAGCGAAGUGGAACAUCAAGGGGGGCUUACGAAGAGCCAUACUAUAGCCAGUAUGGUACUCGUGCUACUACUGUGGCUCCGAUUAUAGAUGAAGAACAAGGGGACAUAUCCAUCGCAGACGACCAGUAUGCUAUGUAUGGUGUGAAAAAUGUCGGCCGCAUUCCUCGAGUUGUACAAAACCAAAUGUAUGAUCAUACAAGAUCUGAAGACCUCCACAGAAUACGCGUCGAACACAUGGAACGGCAGUUAGCAAACCUUACAGGGCUGGUGCAGAAGGCCCUGACUCAAAACCCAACUAUACCAUUAGUUAACAAUAACCCAAAUAUUCUAAACAUCCCUGGACAAUAUCGAAAUGCUGAAACUACUGGAGAUGGUACGAUUUGCACGCGUGACAAACCGCCUAAAUUGGGAAAAUCAACAUGUCAUAAAUCGGUUUCGUUUGAGAAAUCUGUUUCGUUUAGCGACGACAUUCAAGGAGUACCUAAGUCUCAUAGUCCACAACAUUCUGCGGAUUCAAAACCACCAAAACCUGCAAUUAAAUCAUCUACCUUACCAAGAACAUCUUCGCAAGAGCGUGACCGCUUGAAACCUGCACCCCCACCAAAACCCCUAGUUAUGAUUGCAGGCAAUCAGUAUCGUACCGACCUAACACUCGCUCCUGAAGUGUAUAAUCAGUUACGCGGGUUGCAGAAGAAGGCUAUGGAUCUUCGCACGGAUGUGCGUACUCUUCGACGACUAACACAAACACAAGCAGUUGCUGUUCGAGAGGAUAUUAAGGAUACUUUCAUGAGAAUACGUGCUACAUUGCUAUCUAGCACCGGUUUUGUUUGGGGACAAGGCGACAAAGAACUUACGAACCUUACUAGGGAAGAAGAAAUCUAUAAGCAAGAAGUUAUACGAUUGGAGAAAGAUUUAGCGGACUUGGAAUCAUCUGUAGAAGGUUUACGUGGAGAAGUAAUUAAUAGACGAACUCGUGUUAAUAUGGUAGCAGUUGAAGAUAUGGCUUUGGUUCUUAGUCGGGCAAGCAAAACCGUUGCGGAACUGAAAAUGCGAUUUCCAGUAUUACAACAAGGAUUGCGGAAUCUGAUCUCAAGCGAAAUGGACCGUGUUUGUCAAGAAGAAACCUUCCUGAAAGAUGAGCCUGAUCGUUUGGAAAAUGCCCUAAGGCGCUGUAAAAAACUAACUGGAACACUUGUAACACUAAAAAGGCUUGCUAGCGUCCAGGAACAACGCUUACCUGUCCCUGAUACAACAAACACUGAAGAGAUACUGAAACAGCCUGAACCGCACAACAACGUUAAUAAGCCAGUCCCAAGUCCCCGCCUGGGGACAGUCGUUGUCAGUGGAGGAAUCGCCCCAGAAAACGCACUCGAUGCUCUGCUAGAUGAAUUACAAACAUUUGCUAAGCCACCAAAUGGUGUUAACGACCACCGUCCGGACGAUUCCACGUCGGAUGAUAGUUCCCAGACGCUGCAGAAUAGUAUUACGACUAAGACUUCUCAAACACAGCUCUACCCAACGGAAUCCGUUUCAGCAAACGUCGGUCUGCGGCGGCUUCAUUCUUAUCCAAGCGGUUCCGAUACCGAUACGAGCCCACCCCAGCCAAACCGUCCGACAACCGGAAAACCACCUGUUCCAGAACGUAACGCCGAACUCCUUUCCAAAAUGAACAAUAAGAGAGUUCCGCCACCACCUCCACCGCGUACUAGCUCGCGGAGCCCUUUGGCUAGCCCCACUAGUCCCCAUGUCCCUCACCAUCGAGGUCAUCAGCAGCAAGCUUCAGUAACUCUCUCCGAUUGCGAACAGCAACACCGAACCUCGGAGGCCACUGAUUCCGGCAGUGAAUCGGUUUGCUCUGACAAUUCACAGCGUCAGCUCGCGUUAGAGCUUCGUCAUCAAGAACUUCUCAAGAAGCAGCGCCAACUGCAAGAACAAUACCAACGCCUACAGCAGAUGAGUAAAAAUGCGGUUCCACUAGCACCUGGUUCGAUGGGCCAUGACAUCAAAAAGACGGGGAGCGAAUCAAAUCUUUCGCUCAAAAUGAACUACAAUAUGGCUGUCAGCGGAUCGAUGAAGAAUAUUUGCGAUGACACUAGCUCAAUAGAUGCAAGUAGUGUUUCUGGCAACAUAGAAAAUCAGCAUAAUAACGAACUUAGUCAUACAAUCGAUUCUCAUGUUGGCGAUGAUGAGCUCAAUGGUAAAUUAGGAACACAUUCUUCACACUUAACCAAAACUACCAACAAAGUGUAUGAAACUGACAUACUGUAAUGAAACACCUAAUGGAAUGCUCUGAACGGUCUACUUCAUAACAUUGACUGCCAAACUCUUUUAAUUUAUUGGGUAUACAAUUUCUCUAACUUUGACAGCGCACACUAAAAUGCAUUCAAAUUAUGUUAAACCUAUGCACUACCGACCAUUGGUGUCCAUUGGUUACGGUGAACACCGCUGUAGUUUUAUUUUUAUACUUAUUCUGAAACAAUUUGCAUUGUCUUAGAAACCAAAAACUCCCACGCAGAAGAUUUCCCGAUUUACAAUUGGUGUUGAGUGAGCAAAAGCCAAGAAAAGAGUACUAUAUAAAGUCUCUUUCAAUUUCAUUUUGCCAAAAAUGAACGAAUGUGCCAUUUUUGUAAAUGUGACCUCUUUACUGAUUCGUUCUGAAUUUAAAUUUAAACCACACAGUGAAAUGCAGCCUAUAACCAAGCAGACACAACUAUCUCGUCCGAUGCCACCAUAACCUAUAAAUAUGAAGUUAGUUCUACUAAAAGCAAAUUAGAAAAACAACACAAUGGACAAAUUUAGAAAAACACAUGUCACGAAAUGGUGCUUCUAAUUGGAAGAAGUUAACUAAAACGGAUCUAAGCUAUCUUUUCCGUGGAUGGUGUUGAAAUGUUGAAAUGUGGCCACUUCGAAACAUGUAGGAAACGUAACUUGGCGUUACUAAAAAUUCGGUAAAACUCUAUGAAAAAUGGCUCCACAAUUGCUUGCACGUACUUUGUAUAUGCAUCAAAUCAAUCACGAGCACACAUAUUGACACACACGUAAUACUAGCAAUUACUUAAAAGUAAUUCCCGGACAUUGCAAGAAGAGCACAAAGUUAAUUUAUCCAACUACAAAAAAGCGGUAUACUUUCAAUAAAAUCUCCGCAAACAACAGUACACAGUUCGGCCUGCCCUGAGUAUAUCAGCUAUUCUUCGCACCUAAUAAACGCAUGAUCAGUAUACGGAAUCUCGUAACUGUCGCGUACUACAUACUAGUCGAGAUAAUACACUGGUCAGACACAAGUUAGGUACUGGCAACCGUACCUCUAACAACAACGCUAACAUCUCAGACAGAACCCUAAAAUGAACAACCAAACGCCCGACCCGAGAAGUCCCUGAUGUAUGCGUCCAACGAAAUAGUUUCCAAACAUAAGGUAACAGCGACCAGGUGGAACAUACGUGUACGGUUCGUAAGUUUUGUGCUAAACAACUUGUGACGGCCGCGGCGUCGUGAUAUUUGCUAUUUGUUCUCUGGUUGUGCAGUACCCCUGUGCAAUUCAAAGCGUAUUUCACCAAUCAAAAUGAAAUGCCUAUAGAUGGUAAUAAAAGUAUAAUCCAAAUUUUAUAGGAACCUAGCCAUAUAAACUACCUACUAAGCCAUUUGUGCAAAAAACGACUCACAACCACAAAAGACACCCGCACGAGUUUGAUUGUAUUUAGUGGAAUCAGCAGUAAAAAUGUCAUGGAAAAUAUGAAACUUUGCACCGUACGCUCACUGAAUUUGUUAAUGAAUCUGCUUUAAGCGCAAGUAAGAUUGAAUCUUCCUCAUCACUGCCAUAAGGCCAACUUUCGCGUAAUGAUGCAAACGCAGAGUUACAUACAUUUUUAAAACAAUUGACUUUUUCGGCAAUAUUUCGGUUAGAACACGUAAAAAUCAACAAAGUCACAAUCGUGCAUCCUGAAUUAACAAACAAAUGUUAACCUCAACCGCAACAGCCACAGUCUCAUCUCCGUGUGAUUAUGUAAUUAGACAAGUAUGUGCGAAUGUAACUAAAGUUCAUUGAGUUUGUUGAGCUAUAAGUAUUUUCCUAGGGACUGUAUUGAGAACAAUGCGUAACCUAAAGUUUGUAAUUAGAACAUUUAGUUAUACAGCAGUGGCAGAAACGCGGCACCCAGAAGUGCACCACAUCGCCAUUGUUUUCUUUUCUCGGGUUAGGGCUCGAAACCAAAGGAAAGGAAAAUAGCAUAAGGCAGCAUGUGCUAAGGUCACCUAGUUUUAUGAAGUCGUUCAAAACUAUUACUUCAAUAUCGUAUGAUAGAAAGUUAUGCUUUGAACAAGCCAUAAAGAUGGAUUAGAACGCUUUGCGGAGAAUCGAAAAAUGUGCCACAUCUGGAUAGAGAUUUAAAACAUGAAAGCGUAAUGGAUGUUUUAAAUGCCAUUAAAACUAUGGUUCGUUUUUGAUAGUUUCUCGACAGUUAAGAACAUUUUAAUGCAUAAUAGCAUAGUAGUACUUAUAGGCGAGAGCCGCAAAAAAGAUAGCCGAAUCGUCGAUGGCUAUUUUCUUGACGGUGGAUUCCUGUCCGAUCAAAAAGCUGAGGCGCAACAUCCGCAGCAACCGAGCAGCGUAUUGCGCGAUAUCCUUUAAGCCCUUCGUGUCCAAAUCGAGACCGUGAAAUAUAUUUGACGAAAGUGCUUGCAAAAAUUGGAGGAAAGAUCAAUCAAAGAAAAAGUAAACGUAAAAAAUAGAGAAAGGAGUUUCGUGGCUAGUUAGUUAACUUAAAAUCACAUAUUACACACAUGCGCGAGCGCAAAGAAAUUCACCUCCGGUUUGUGUCAUUGAAUUAUUGUGUCAGUCGUCAGUAUGCAAUAUGUAAUGUUGGAUUUUUUCUACAAGAGAAGCAUCACCUAUUAUCCAUUUUUAUUAUAAAAUAAUAAAGGAUCUUCCAUAGUAAAUGAAGACUCGAUACAAAGAAGGUAAGAGUUGAAUGUGGCGUGCUUCUUGAACGUGACGAAUUGAAAAGAUCGCAGAAAAUUCGCAGUUUCUCGUUUUCCUGCCUGAGAGUUUUUCUCAGGCCGAAAAA